GAGCUGGUCCAAUAUGGCGGCCAGCUGUUGUGGAGUAAAAAAACAAAAACUAAACAAUUCAAUGCCCUCCUCGAUAUGUUGUAAUGGAUCGUCAGUUCAUCCGAAUGGUUACAAAAAUGGGUAUUCUGUGGCAUGUGUAGACAUGUGUAUAUUUUGUUUCGAUGUACUUCACAGUCAUCUUCAUUGUUAUGAACCACCAAAAACCCCGUCUUUCACAAACGAAGCCUUUCCUCUGUUCGUGACCUGGAAAAUCGGUCACAGCCGUCGUCUGCGAGGUUGCAUCGGAACAUUCACCUCCACCAAUCUCCACAGUGGCCUCAGGGAAUACGCAGUCACUAGUGCUAUCAAAGAUAGCCGCUUCAGUCCCAUCACCAAGGAUGAGUUCACCAAACUCCACGUGUCUGUGUCCAUUCUGACCAACUUUGAGGACGCCAGAGAUUACAUGGACUGGGAGGUUGGGGUUCACGGCAUCAGGAUAGAAUUUCUCAAUGAGAAAGGUCAUAAGAAGACAGCUACAUAUCUACCUGAGGUUGCCAUAGAGCAAGGAUGGGACAUUAUGCAGACAAUAGACUCUUUACUACGAAAGGGUGGAUUUAAGGGACCAAUUGACCACGAUGUUAGGAAGUCUCUGAGAUUAACUCGUUACCGCAGUGAAAAAUUAACCCUAGGAUAUAACGAUUAUGUUGCCAAUAAGCAAAAUGGUCACGCAUGAUGCCGGUGAAUUUUAGGAUUCGGGCAGCACCACACCUUGAUCACUGCAGAAUAAAAGAUGCGCAAUAGUCGUGUGAUUGCAGCAUACAAACGGCAUACAAGUCAGCAUAUGGUAUUAAAAGAAGAUAUGAAAAAAAAAAAUUAUACUAGUUUUAAGUCAGUUGUGGAUGUACUAGUUGUCUUUCCUUUGUUAGAUGUAGAGAUUUUAUGUACGGUUUGAAAACAUGUUUCAUGGUUUUCAUCCAAGAAACUGGUCUCGCAAUGAGACUUUUAAUUUAGCACUGUAGUUGUUGUGGAAGUGAUAUGUAUAUUUCUGAUUUCUUUGUGAUUUCUGUGUACAUGUACUGAUUAAUGCUAGCAGGUGUACCACGCAACAACUUCUGGGGUACUGCAUUAUUUAGAAUUCUUUUUACGGUAGAAUUUGUUGUGAAGUUCGUUUCUCUCAGUAUAUAUUGGAAUGUUAUAUUUAGCAGUGAAUGCUUAUUUAGGUGACUUGGUGUAUGGGUAUUUGUGAGUUUUUCUCCCACUAGGUCAUUUUAAUCUUAGAAAACUUAGUUUUAUCAUACAUUUAUAACAUCCUAGCCACAUGUUAGCUUGUUUGAGAUACAGAAUUGCUCGACUAAUUUUUCUUCACUUGGUAAUGUACAUGUACAUGCAUCACGAUUGAAAACUUUUUUGAUUUUUUUUUAUCAAUUUUUUUUUUUAACUGCUACCAUAUAAAUUGUCUUUUUUUACUGAAAACGUCUUUGAAAAAAGAUUAUUUGUUUACAUCAAAAGAACAAAAUUUUCCAAUAUGUAAAACUGGAUUUUUAUUGUUUUAUAUGUUGGUUUCAUUUGAAUUGUAUCCUGCUCAAAAUCCUACUUCCACCUCCUCGUUGGUGAGCAGGGGGCAACAGAUAUUGAAUCUGGUCUAACGGAAGAGGUCAUUAUUGGAAGGGGGAGUUGUUUAUCCAAAAAUAUCAUCCUCGAAUUUUAGUAAUUAAAGAAUUUCAUUUGACGUGAGCAAUUUGAUGCAUGAUUUUUGUUCAGGUCAAUAAAUCUAAAAUGCACAAGCCAAUAUAUAAUUGCAAUUUUUUAGCAAUCUACGAUCCUCAGCCAUGUUUGAUGACUCUAAAUUACCGGUAUCCAGAAAUUUUGCCUGCCUUUCAUGUAGACAAAUUUAUUAAGUCUUCUAGUGUUAAUAUUACGAUCAGUUAUUCAUUGAAAUUCUUGGGUUAGUGUUUCAACGGACAUCUACUAGGGUUAGGGGGUUCGAGGCACGGGUUCAACUGUACAACAUUUUUGUUCAAUCUCAUUAUAUCCAUCAUGGGCAAAUUUGCAAUAACUUUGUAAAAUGCAUGGAUACCAUCAAUACAUUUCUUUUUAUUUCAUUUCAAUUAUAAAGUUUGAAGGACAAAUAACAUUUUCAUGAUGGAAAAAAUACUUUUAGGCUGAGGGUCGGAGAACCUUAAAAAUAAAUGCAUGUACUCGUAAACUAUUUGAUCUUUUGAACAAAAUUGAAUAUUAAAGAUUUAAUAUUUUUUUUUUUGCUUCGUGGAAAAUCAUAACAAUCUUUUGUAUUUUUGGUGUUAUUGCAAAUAAUUCAUUUGCAAACCCCGCUUCGUGGUAAAAACAAACAAGGUGGAUAUAAAGGCCUAUCUUUACUUCUCAGGGAGCAGUCAUUGUCCAGAGAAUUUUUCAUUUCAAAUUUUAGCCUUAGCUAAUUGAUAUUUUUUAAUAAAUUAAAUGUUACAAAUAAUGUAAUGCAGAGAUUUUCAUUGCCAAUUAUAUAUGAUUUUACCAAUAUGAAAUACUGGGAAUUUCAGAUAUUCUGAUGUCAAGAACUUUCAAUCACAUUCAAAAAUAAAGGGAACAGAUUUGUUGGUAAAGAAACACUUGAUAUAUGAUCAAUCAAAGAGAAGUUUGUACUUUAUUAUAUGUCUUUUUCUUUGGAAAUUGUAAUGUGAUUGACAUCCAUUGUCAAGUAUAACAAAAUCAUAGACAAUGUGUGAAGUAUGGAGUGUUAAGAUAUAUUUGCAUGAAAAUGCUUUAAUAGGCAUAAUUUAUUCUAUAGUUACACGAAAACCCAAAAUUAAGAGUACCGAUAUGGGCUUGUGUUCGAAAUCAUACGAUUUAGUAUUAAAAGCAAUACAUAUUUCUCUCAAUUAUGCAUCUUUGUAUUGAUGUUAGAACCUUUUGAGUGACUGUAAGAAUAUCUGAGCUUGUCUAUAAAUGAUCCAAUUUUAGCACGUCAUUAGUAUGAAUUGAGAAACCUGUGCUUGAUUGACCAGUAAACUGGACUUUUUGUUUGACAAGAUGGGAAAUACUAUGACCUGAUUCCAUCCAAAAUCAACAGGGGAACAUUUCUCCUAUGAAUUACUUAUAAGAACACAUGAUAUUUUGCUGGCUUCAGUAUGAUGUACUAGCCUAAGGCAAAGCGUACAGAGAGGCCAGCGAUUUAUAUUUUUAAUUGUAUUGAUUAUAUGAAUAUAUAUAUAUAUAUAUUGUAUUGUGUAGUCUUGGUUCAAUAAAUUCAAUAAUCAAA